UUCUGAAUCACUGAUAAUUGAUGAGACAGGCGUAGAGCGAUUGUUCCAUCUCUCGCAAUUGUUAGCAAGAAUAUCGUAGCUCGGCCGACAUCAAUGGCUUGCGGAUGUGGUUUAGUGGAAAUGAGGUAUAUCAGAAACAGUAGGUGUUUUCCGAUGGUUAAACUGUAAUAGACGCCGAUAGGUAGAGUACACUUGUUAAUAGAAAGCUGAUAGUAUUGGGAAGUUCAUUGAAAGAGGAGGCGAGAGUCCUACAGAUCAAAGUUGGCGCAUUAUAAGCUCAAGAACAUGCUAUAAGAAAAAGUGAUGUGAGAACGUGAUUUUCCUCCCCCUUUUUUACCGUCUCUGAAGUGCUUGGAGAAUGUUUCCUGUCGCUGUAGCUCCUCGUGGAGCUACAGCGAUACGCUUCACGAUGUCAACCCGUGACAGUUGAAGACUCAAUGCAGGACAAAUCCAACUAAGACAAUUACAUUGCAUACCCUGCCACUUGUAUGUGCCCAAUUUAGAAGAGCAUUUAGGACAGUGAAAGCGACCUUCUAGCUCACCUUUCUCCAGUUCAGGCUGCAUCCAUCGAAGCGGCUCGAGAAAGAUGUGAUUGCAUUUCAUGGCACUGUUCUUCGUCUUCGGUUCAUGAGGAACAAUGUAGUUUGAGCCGGCUAAAAUAAAUCGACAUUUUUUGCACCGUGCUUCACUGUCACCGGUCUUGGCGGCUACCAAUUCGUUGUAAGCCACGUCGGAGGGUGUUUGUGUGUUCAGCAUGGCAAAAUGACCAUACUGUUUGAAAAGCCACAAACGAAAAGGUUUCUUUUCGCGUGUAGGCUCAUAAUCGCAUUCUUCAAAAACUUUCAGUUGACGCAAGAACGCUGGGUUUGGACUAAUCCCGGGCCGUCUUUCUGCGAUAAAAUGGAGUGUCUCGGAAGUGGUCCAGUGAUGUUGCUUCAUAAGGUAAGCUGCGACAAGACAGGCGGAACGAGAGUAACCGGCAAAGCAGUGAACGAGAACACGUCCAUUCCUCGCAAUUGCGUUGUGGACAAAGCUGUUAAACUCCUCAAACAGUUGGAUCAUGUUUUGAGAACUAGCAUCCUCCACAUUAAACCAGAGAUGAUUCUUUUCAUCCACGUCUUCAAGCUGUGGACGAAGACUCAUAGCACUCACAACGUGAGUAAUCCUUCUAUCUUCUCGCGCAUUUGAGUCCGCAGCACAUUUCCAGCUGCUCAUAUACAAACCAGGUUCGAUUUCAGAAAUGCAAUCCAAGGAGGUUGGGUAUAAGUCAUCAUUUUUUGAAGGAGCCCCAGCGGAAGCAUUGUCUUUCAAUUUUAAUCUAAGACUCGUUUCUACCUCUUGAAUGGAACCAUGCAGGUCAGAGUAGUCUGGUGCCCAAUCUUCUUUUUCCAUAUUAAUCCCAAAAAAAAAAAAAGAAGAAAAUAAAAAAAUACCCUAAAAAAAUACAAAAAUAAAAGAAAUAUUGUUCCUUAAAGAGAAACAAACUCGAGUAAGUCGAUGUAAAAAUCUGUACGAAGCAAUUCCAAAAGAAAGUCAAAAUAAAAAAAAUCCGGUAAUGUAGAAAAAACCAACAAUAAUAAACGCGUCCGACCACGAAAACCCUAAACUAAUAACAACCCAAAAAAAAAAAAAUUUCUAGACGCAAUAAAGCUAUACGUCAAACCGUCCUGACUAAUUUCCACGGUCAAACUUUGUAGCGGUUCGCCUUCAAGGAGUUUGGUGAGCCGAAAUUAAGUUUAAAGUUACGUAUUAGGCCACGUGGUAGGCAUCCAUCCAAAACGCCCACGCUUCACGAACCUUCUACCAAACAGUCGAGAGAGCUGCAAUGGAGGGAAACAAGGAUGAAGCAAUUCGCUGUAUAAAGCUUUCAGAAAAGCGAUUGGCGAACAAUGACUUCAAUGGCGCCUUAAAAUUCGCUCGUAAAUCGUAUUCUCUCUUCGAAACACCUGAGGCAGAAAAACUUAUUAAACGCAUAGAGGACUUGUUGUCGACAAAACCAGAAACUGCCACGUCUUCGAGUGCUGAGACACCUUCAGCAAACUCUACUCGUAAACGUACUCAAGAGUCAGCGAAACCAGCACCUUCGUCUGGCAGGACAUACACAGAAAAACAAGUUUUACUCGUACAGAGAAUUACUCGUCUUAAAAAUCAUCAAUACUAUGAGAUUCUCGAUAUCGAGAAAACAGCCACCGACUCGGACAUAAAGAAAGCUUACAAAAAGCUGGCUUUGCAACUUCAUCCUGACAAGAAUCAUGCCCCGAACGCAGAUGAGGCUUUUAAGAAGGUGAGUAAGGCCUUUCAGAUUCUCUCGGACGCCAAUUUGCGAGCGGACUAUGACAGAACUGGCAGAGACCCAGAAUCUAGGUCGUAUCCUUCUGCCUCCAGUGGCUUCUCGGCGUCUCAGGCCCGUGCUGGUCCGGGAAUGUAUGCAGAAAUGUCACCCGAGGACUUAUUUAAUGCGUUCUUUGGUAACUCCAUGUUCUCUGACUCUGGCCCGUUCUUCUCCUUUGGCUCAAUGGGUGGACCAAGAGUGAGAAUGCAUCGCUUCGGGGGCGGUAGACCUGCUGGGGCCCGACGUGCUCAGCCUGGCCAGCAGGAAAGAGGAUCAUCGUUUGUACAAGUACUUGUGAUUGCUAUUAUGAUUAUAUUUGCCAUUGUGACCAACCUUCUUCGUGAUGAUGGCUCAACAAGACUCCCUUCUUUUUCGUAUCAACCGUAUGAACCCUACACACAAGCUCGUUACAUGCCUCAAUACCGUCAACCCUAUUAUCUUCGUCCGACAGAUAUCAAGCGCUAUUCUAAGCGUGAAUUGUCGCGGAUGGAUCGUGAGGUAGAACGCCAGUUUGUCCAUCAAUUGCGCAUGAAAUGCGAUCAUGAAUCCGACGUCCGUCGCGAAGCCAUUCGCAGAAGCUAUGGCUGGUUCUCUACCGACAAGGAAGCUCUGGCUCGCGCUAGAGCUAUGCCUCGUGACAGUUGCCAGAUGUUGAAUGACUUAAACAUUCCGUAUUAGGAACGAUACACACACCUCCUCACGAGCAACAUUCACUGCCUUGUCUGUUUUGUCUGUAUUCAUUGUUGGCGCCCGUCUACUGUAUGAAUACAACUAAGAGUGGAACUGAACAGCGUAAUGCGAACUGCGUUGAUGUAAAUCUUCUUUUUUUUCGAUAAAUGGUUUUUCGGCUCUAAAAGGCUAAUUGCACAAAUUUUCGAUUUCAAGUGCGGAGACAGUCUGAAGGCUUACUUCGUUUUCGUUAUAAUGGCAACCGUUAUUUGGCCCAACCCCUCCGUUUAACUUUUUCAUUUUGUUUCAUUCUUUUAUAUAUCAGCUUCAGCUUCUAUACGUACAACGCAAUUAUGCUGGACUUUUGGAGCAUAGACAUAGACACACACUCUCUCACAACUACCACGGCUACAACCCGCCUUCCCAAGUAUACAAUAUCUGUUCGUUCUUUGCAUCUACUGCUACCUUCAUAUCAACGUUUAGGUAUUGCCACUUGCUCAAUUGGCAAAGAUUUGCGCUCUCUCCGCAAUGAUCAAUUUAUGCUACAAUAAGACGAACAAACUUUCGCCUUCGCUUACUAAGUUGCGCAAAACUUAAUCAAAUGCGUUGAUUGCUUAUGAUAGCGAAAUUAAGAGCCGCACAAAUUUGGCGAAGAAAUUUUCGCCCUACCGUCACAUUUCCUUCCU